AUGAACCCAGUGCCCGCGGCUCUGCAGCCUCCAUUGAAGCCAGUGCCCGCCAUACUGCACUCUCCAUUGAACCUUGAGUCCGUGGUACUGCAGUUGCCAGUAAAACCAGUGCCUGGAGCAUUGCAGACUCCAGUGAAACACGUGCCCACUGCACUGCAGCCUCCAGUUAUUCCAGUGUUCCGUGCACUUAAGUCUGCAGUGAACCCAGUGACCACGGAACUGCACCCUGCAGUGAACCCAGCUCCGACUACACUGCAGGUUCCUGGGAUCCCAGUGCCCAUGGACCUGCAGCCUCCAGUGAACAAAUUGCCCGCGGCAAUGCACCCUGCAGUGAACCCAGUGACCGCGGCAAUGCAGCAUGCAGUGAACCCAGGGCCUGCGGGUCUCUACCUCCAGAGAGGCCAGUGUCCCUGGCACUGCACCCUCCAGUGA